AUGACAAGACAGGCGCGUCUCUUCCGCGCUUUGGUCGAUAAGCAGCGGGAGGCCACGAAGGCGUUGGCCACUGGCAGCCUUGCACUCUUCAACCAGAAUGACGGCUUCGCUGACGCCUUUGAGAUGGCUCGGCGUCUGGGCCCCAAGGUCCGUCGAUCUGGGGCCCAGGGCAGGGUGAAGACCUGUAUCUACUGUUACUUUGGCUGCACUGCUAAUCAAAAUGCCGUCGCCAUCUCAAGAAGCAGUACGACGCCGUCAUGUGGCCGACGCCUGGCUGCUGAGCCUGGCCGGGAUUAUUUGGGCAAGUUCAGACCUGACUCGAUAGCCGUGUUCAGGCCCGAAGCUCCGGGCGUUUUGAGUCUGCUUCAUUAA